UAGUGAGAACACAAAGAAAGAGAAAGAGAGCGGCACACCUUAAGGAAUUGAACAAAAUAACAGAAGCAGAAGCAUCACACCGAAGUCUCUGCCCAAAGGAUGGGAUACGUGCAAUACUUUGUGGCGGUCCUUAUGUUGUCUGCACAGAAGGGGCUCAGCUUUCCCUUGGUGACACAUGGGACAUACCAGGAUGGUGAUAGAAUGUGUUUUUCCUGUCCAGCAGGUCAGUUUCAGAAGUCAUGUACAGAGUGUGAGCCCUGUCCUGCUGGAACAUACACAGACAUUGAAUGGAACAACGAGGAAAGUUGCCAUCCUUGCUAUAGAGACUGCUCCCCAAAAUAUCAUCUGAGGGUGGUUAAGAACUGCACAAGCACAGCCGACCUGAAGUGCGUCUGUGAGCCUGGUUACAGUUGCAUUAAGAAAUCGCAAUCGUCAGAGAACUGCAAAAAAUGUGUCAAGACACAAGACACAGCCGGGCUGACGCCUCGCCCUUUUUUGGGACCCACCAAAGGCUGCCAGUCUCCAGCAUGUAGCCGUGGGUCAGUCCCGACAGAAGAUACAGACGUUAAAACCAAAGAAGAUUCAGGCCGUCUUCUGGUAGCCAUUUUCUGUCCAUUUUUUUUCAUGAUAUUUUUCACCCCUGUGAUCCUGUUCUGCAUGCGUCACCCGAAAGAUGAAACCUGUUACAGGCAAACGAUGGCAAAGCUGUGUAAGAAGGAGGGGCAAGACACCUCUAAUAAAUCAAAGGACUCGGUUCAUCAGUCCCACAGAGACUCUUUCAGUGCAAAGCAGCAGUCACUUUCAGCCACCAAUGAAGGCUCAGUCCACGUCCACAAUCCGGGCACGGUCAUCUUCAGCCUGCUCAGUCAUUUCACGGGCCAAGUCGGGCCGACUAUUUACGGGAGUAAGACUACAGAGAGAGCAAACAGCGAUAAAGAUGAACAAGACAAACCUGUGUUUCAUCCUCCAUCUUCCCCGAGCAUUCACAUCUCUGAGGAGGAGCGGAACGGGGAGAUCAGCAACAUUUUCUUCCCCUCCCAGGAGCAGGGGAAGGACUGCCACAUGUCAAAGGAGGAGUCUAUGUGACGUCUCCUCAGGGUCCCAUUUGUUUUAGAGGCCAUGAUUGUUGGGAUCGAGACUGGCUCUAAAACACGCUAUGUUGGAUUUGAGGACUGUUGGACUGUGAUAGCAAAGCUACAGAUGCGCGGGCAGAAGAUUCAUCAUCCUCUGAAAAACUGUGAAGGUUUCACAAUUAAUAUCGUUUCUGAAUUUUCUGGAAAAAUUCACUGCGUACUGCACAUUUUUACAUUUUUAACUUAAAACAAAUGGAAUUUGUUCCUCUCUGUAAGUAAUAAUUUAAUUCUUGUAAAUACUUAUGAGUGAGCUCUGACAGCUCAAUUCUUAUAUCUGAUUACUGGCAUUUACAGUGAAAUAAAGUUUUAUUUAAAAAGCAA